AUGUUUGAAACACAAGCUCUCAGACCAUACAUUUCCAGUUCUACCCCAAGCUUUGAUAGCCUACCUCCCGAAACUAGGAAUGCAAUCUACACGGUCAUCUUUGACUCUCCUUCCCCAUUCUUCGUUAAGGCAACACAGGGUCCGAGACGGAGAUUCAAACUUCGCGAAAGGAGUGAGAAAUCUCAGUACGACGCCGAAGUUCGAACUCUCUUCUACGGCACCAGACAGUUCAUCGUCCUGCCCUGUGGAUACGAGUAUCUCACAGUAUUCUUGCAGUGGCUCGAUUCGAUUAGACCACAGUGCCGCGGAGUCCUGCGCGACGUUUAUUUGGCGGGUUUUAUGUGGUACCAGGGCUCUUUUCCGUUGACUGAACAGUUCCAUAACUUUCUUCGAAGUUGUACAGGCAUGCGCAAGCUUGGGAUCCAGAUCCAUGGCUGGCACUUGCGCGAAGCUAGGGGCAGAAGUUUGAACGCACACCUCGAAAUCCAUGGUCGGGGUCCCAAAAACGGGCUAAUGUCUGGAUUCGUCGUGUCGGCUUGGGCGGAGACCAUUGUGCGGUUGCCUGCAUUGCAGACAUUCAGGCUCGAUCUGAUCUAG